CGUCAUGUGUACCAAGUGACUAGUAUCCGUUCAACAUGAGUUACUAGUGUGUGGUCACUGCUCGUGGUCACUGCUCGUGGUCACUGUCACUGCUCGUCCUGUGGUUGUAGGGACUCGUGUACAGCACUAGAGAGAGAUGGAGCCAGAGGAGACAGGCAAGUGGAAUUUACUGCAGAGAAAAUGCAGACAUCGUGGUUACAGACCCGGGGCAGGUGGGCACAUUGGCAGUGAUGUCGGGGGAAUGGUUCCGUCGGCUCUUGUGCAUCCUUUCCCAUCAAGUGAAAAAGAUUGUGUGUUGGACAAUGAGACUUCAUCCUGUUUUAUGCAUAGUUUUCAAAAUGUGUCUGCAAAUUUAUCAUCUCCUUAUCUUCUAAGUACACAGACACCUUCACCCGUGGCUCCAUUGCAUAGAGUGAUGAGCCCUCCAUCUAUAACCCUAAACCUUGAUCAUGUGGUCCAUUGUUCACCAAAUACUCAGACUAUGGAUUUGAAGAGUCUACAUUAUCAGGUACAAGAAAUUCAAAAUAAGUUGUCAGGUGAUGUCACGGGAAGUAAAGAAUUCCAGGAGCUACUUUCCGAGAAGCUGAAUUUGGAAAAAGUCUUGGGGUCCACAGAAUAUUCACUUAAAAGAAUUAUGACUGCAUAUAAUGAUCUAAAGAAGAACACAUCUGCCUCUGAACAGGAGUUUUUGCUAAAGCUGGAUGAUAUACAGGAAAAGUACAGAGCCCUUGGUGAAAGACAUAGUGUAACAAAGAAUCAGUUGACUAGAAUGAAUGAAUAUCUGAAAGAUCUUCCUACGCUCAAUGAGCAUCAGCAGCUUCAACAGGAAAUUGCUAAUAAAUCUGCACAAAUUUCACAUAUUUCUAGUAAAGUCGAACAUUUAUCUCAGCAAGUGAAGAAGUUGGCCAAGAAAGAGAGUGAACAAGAAGCCAUAAUAGAAGGUCUGACCCGGGAAAGGGAUGACUUCUCACUAAAAUUGAACCUUGCUGAAAACCUCAUGAAAGAGCUGGAGAAUCAGAGGGAAGCAUCUUCUAAGGAAGGUGAAUACAGCAAAGAGGAUUUACUGUGGACUUUAGACCAACAAAAGAAGGAACUAGAAAGUGCUGGAAAGCUGCUAACUUACAGGAAGCAAAAAUUACAGUCUUUUCAAAAAGAGCUUGUAAUGCAAGAUAAGAAGCAUGCAGAGAAGCUUCAGGCAGAAGUAGACCUUGUUGAGAAACUCAAAGAAACUGUUUGGCAAUUAGAAAGAGAGUUAGAACAACACAAGCAGACGGAGGAAGUGAUGAAAAACAAGUUGGCAAGUGCAGAAGAGAAGCAGAAAAAGUUGGAAGAGCGACUUGAGAUGGCAGUAGAACAAGUGACUUCUAAUAGCAAGAUGUCAUCUCUCAUAAAGUCCCUUUUGACAAACCUGCACAUUGCUGUUAAACAGUUAAGGGACAUGGUGACCAUCUCCCAUCAAAUCAGUAAGGGCACUUCCCCAGACAUGUCUCUGCUGCUCAGUUUCUCAGAUUUUUCUGAAGAUAUUGAAGGUGAAAAUUUCACUAAUGAUGGACUGACAGCUAAACUGAAGGAAGUUCGAAGUUUAAUCCAUCAGUUGGAAGAGGCCAGAACUCAUUUACAGGAGCAGUACGCUCACCAGUUGGCUAAAGAUGUGACUUGUGCACAAAUGUAAAUGAAAUGUACAAAACCUAUGCUGUAUAAAUGUUGUAACAUAUUACAGACAUGGCUGAGGAUGGUAAUACACCAAAUAAUUUCAUCAAGUUUACUAUCAUUGCAAACUUUACCCAGACUCAUGUCUUAAGAAUUACACAUUUGAAAGCGUUUAAAACUGUUUAAAUUACUUUUUUUUUUUUUUUUAAUGUUUGCAAAUGUAGUCCAUAUUGCAGGUGGUGGUGUUUUGUUAUACAUUUGUUAAUCAAGAUACAGAAAUGAAGUACAGCUAUUGUCUGUUUGGCCAUUGUGCCUUAGUAUUUGUGCAGAGAAAAAAAAAAUUAAAAAAAUUGAAUACUACAAACCCUCUUUCCCCCCCCCCCAUUUUUUUUGGACGCAUAAAGUGCUGUAACUGGUUUGUUACAGACACUUGAGAUAUAGCCAAAAAAUUUACUAGUCUUUGUAAUUUAGUUUUAUGAAAUGACUAUUAUGUGAUUAAUAAAAGCCUCAUGGGGGUAUUUGCUUAGUUUAAAUAAUGUCUUUUUUCUUAUACAGCCUCUGGCACAUCUUUGUGAGGGUCACUUAUGCUAGAUAACCUCAACCAACACUUUUUAUUUUCUGAAAUGUUCAUUGUACAGUAUUUAAAACUUGUUUAAUAUUUUCAUGUAUUUUUGUAUGCAUACAAAUAAAAUGUAAUGUUUA